UCAAAUCGGUUUUCGUGACUUGGUCGCUCCUCCUCUCUCCAUCGUUUCUAGCAAGCUAGCUAGAUAACUAGGAGAGCUACCUUGAAGUGUGGGAGACUCAAAGUGGAUAAGGGGGAAACAGGCUGACGGAAAAUGGCAGACAUUGAGGGAGAGGGAAUUAAUUCGGUGGCACCUCCGUUAGUUCAGCCACCCUCUCGUAACUGCUCCGGUGUCAGCCCAACGCAGGGCACCGGCAGUUGCCAAACGGUGACUACCGUUACGUCAGGCCCGCGACUGGUGCGGAUAGUCAAGUCUGACUCGGGAUAUGGCUUCAAUGUCCGGGGACAGGUUAGCGAAGGAGGACAACUACGGAGCAUCAACGGGGAAUUGUAUGCCCCGCUACAGCAUGUUAGUGCUGUUUUACCGGGAGGUGCAGCGGACAGAGCCGGUAUCUCGAAAGGGGACCGGAUUCUGGAAGUUAAUAGUGUGAACGUGGAGGGGGCGACCCAUAAGCAGGUGGUGGAUCUGAUCCGUGCGGGGGAGAGGGAGCUGAUGCUGGCCGUGCUGUCUGUACCUCCCCAGGAGGCUGACUGUCUGGACCCUGGAGACGACGGCUCAGCCCAGUCCUGCUACGACUACAGCGACAAACAGGCCGUCCCCAUCUCCGUCCCCACAUACAAACACGCUGAACUCAACCAGGAGAGGUUUGUGGUGUAUAAUGUGUACAUGGCAGGCAGACAGCUGUGCUCUAAGAGGUACAGGGAGUUUGCUAUCCUCAACCAGAACCUGAAGAGAGAGUUUGCCAACUACACCUUCCCCAAAAUACCUGGCAAAUGGCCUUUUUCCCUGUCUGAACAACAACUAGACGCUAGACGCAGGGGACUGGAGGAAUACCUGGAGAAAGUGUGUUCAGUGAGGGUGUUUGGGGAGAGUGAUGUCAUGCAGGAGUUUCUGUCUGACGAGUCUGAUGAGAACUAUAACGGCGUAUCAGAUGUGGAGUUGAGGAUAGCCAUGCCUGAUAAAACCACCGUCACAGUCCGAGUCCGCAAGAACUGUACAACUGACCAGGUCUACCAGGCUGUGGUCAUGACAGUAGGAAUGGACAGCAUAGCGGCCAGCUACUUUGCUCUGUUUGAGGUCAUCAACCACUCCUUUGUGCGUAAACUGGCUCCUAAUGAGUUCCCCCACAAGCUGUAUGUUCAGAACUACACGUCUGCUGUCCCUGGGACCUGCCUCACCCUGCGCAAGUGGCUCUUCACCACCGAGGAGGAGAUACUGCUCAAUGACAACCAACUGGCCGUCAGCUACUGCUUCCACCAGGCGGUGGAUGAUGUGAAAAGGGGAUUUAUCAAGGCAGAGGAGAAGUCCUACCAGCUACAGAAAUUAGCAGAACAGAAGAAGAUGGCCAUGUAUCUCAGUAUGUUACGGGGCUGUGAAGGCUACAAUGAGAUCAUCUUCCCACACUGCUCCUGUGACUCCCGACGCAAAGGCCACGUCGUCACAGCCAUCAGCAUACACCACUUUAAACUGCACGCCUGCACAGAAGAGGGAACGUUAGAGAACCAGGUGAUCGUGUUUGAGUGGGUGGAGAUGCAGCACUGGGACACUGAUGAGGAGGGCAUGGCCUUCUGCUUCCAGUACGCCAGGGCAGAGAAGAAACCUCGCUGGGUCAAGAUCUUUACUCCCUACUUCAACUACCUGCAUGAGUGCGUUGAGAGAGUCUUCUGUGAACUCAAGUGGAGGAAAGAGGUGGAAGAGGAGGCUGUGGAUAAGGACAAUAAGAACUGCAGUAAAGAAGAAUAUCUUCCAGCUGUUGAGACACAGAAGGAAUGGAGGCACCUAGGAGGAGAGAUCAUCACCUCCUAAACAUGCUCUCCUCCAUCCGUCCCUCUGGUCUGGUUCGGCCCGGAACUACCACCACUACCUGUCCUCACACAACUACUACUACAACUUCUACAUACCAUUAACAGCUACUACAGAUCAACAACCACCACACACCAUCAAACUACAAAUGAACAACUUCUGGACUGACUGAAGGAGAAACAAUGACGCACACUACAACUUAAGCUGUUAUUCACCAUGAACCCUUGAAUACACCCCAAGCACACAAUAUAAACACAAGCCAACAGGAAGGUACAGUAGAAACAUACAGCAGGUUUGUACAGGUGAAUAAAUAACUCUAAAAACGUAGAUACAUGCCUUCAUACAUCGCAUCACCUCUUUGGUCAAAACUCCAUGGAGACCUGUGACUAUUGGCUAAGGAGGCUGACGGCUUUUGGUGGGCUUGGAUGAAGGAGAUGGUUCUCUAGGAUGAUAUUGGACAAGGGAUUUGACAUGUGCAAGGCCAUUGGGUGUUUUGUGGCCACUUUGGAGUGCUCUGGACUGGAACAGAAUGCAGUGGAAGAAGAGAACAAAAGAGGGAUACAGAUGCUGGAACAGAACCUGUUCUAAAAAAGGAAAUGGCUGGUGGUGCUGGAACAGAACCUGUUCUAAAAAAGGAAAUGGCUGGUGGUCCUGGAACAGAACCUGUUCUAAAAGAGGAAAUGGCUGGUGGUGCUGGAACAGAACCUGUUCUAAAAGAGGAAAUGGCUGGUGGUGCUGGAACAGAACCUGUUCUAAAAGAGGAAAUGGCUGGUGGUGCUGGAACAGAACCUGUUCUAAAAGAGGAAACGGCUGGUGGUGUUGGAACAGAACCUGUUCUAAAAGAGGAAACGGCUGGUGGUGAUGGAACAGAACCUGUUCUAAAAGAGGAAACGGCUGGUGGUGAUGGAACAGAACCUGUUCUAAAAGAGGAAAUGGCUGGUGGUGAUGGAACAGAACCUGUUCUAAAAGAGGAAACGGCUGGUGGUGAUGGACUGAGGAGACAAAUCUGAAAAGUUCUAAAACAGGAACUGUGUGUGUGUGUGUGUGUGUGUGUGUGUGUCGACUGAUUAUGGACAGCUGUGAGAGUCUAGGUUGGAACCCUGGAGGUAGAAACAACCCUUCUCUCUGACUCUGAACUGAACUCCCAGAAUGAGUCUAGACAGACAGACGGAGGGAACCGGCCCCAUGAUACAAGAGACUGGACUCAUAUGAACCACACAGACAGAUUGACAUAUGGAUAUUAUCUCCUGUUUGUAGCCACUAUCUCCAUUUCAAAGAGAUCUACUGAAGAGACUAUUACAGAGAGAGAGAGAAACCAUACAUUUCCUUUAUUUGUGACUAUUGGGCCGAGCAGAACCAAGGGUAGCAUGUGUGUUUCAGCUGCUGGUUCUGUUUCGGUUUACAGAUGCUGAAAUUGCCCUGAAGCCAUUUUUGAAUACACAAACCUUCUCAUUAAAAACACACACACACACACACACACACACACACACACACACACACACAGAAUGCUCAUCAUGUAGGAAUUGGAUCCCAGGAAAGUAUUCUGCCAUCUUGACAGAUACCUGAACAAGGAACAUGUUUACUUCACCUGUGUGUUUUGUGUACCUCAUAAAGACAUAUAUAUAUAUAUAUAUAAUUUUUAAUGUGGACAUUUCAGACAUUGGACAGAAUAGCACAAAAAGAACCCUGUAAGAUGUUGACCACGUUAAGCUCAAUAUGUAUUCAUUCUAUGCUACGUUUUCUGUUCUGCUGAUGCCUAACCGUGGGUUCAUAACACUGAACUCAGAAGUGCAUCUCGAUUUACAUUGUGUCUUUCUGUUCUUGAGAAAAGGUGUGAUGCUUUAGAAAACACAUCGUGAUUGUCAGUCUGUAGGAUAUGUCUAUGGUGUUGGUUUAGGUGAGUCUUUGGUUCAAUUGAUAUAUUGGUCCUUGUGUAUCUGAAGCUGCAGUGCUCAGAACGACCUGCAGGGGUCUCCCUCCCACUGAGAAACACUAGAUCAGUUACUAUAGAACAGGGCUGGCCAGUAUUCUAACAGAGGGCCGGUGAGGGCUGAGGUUUAAACAGUGGUGUAGUAGGAGCUACACGGAGGUAUACACCCUGAACCCCACAGAGGUUUAAACAGUGGUGUAGUAGGAGCUACACGGAGGUAUACGCCCUAAUCCCCACAGAGGUUUAAACAGUGGUGUAGUAGGAACUACACAGAGGUUUAAACAGUGGUGUAGUAGGAACUACACGGAGGUAUACGCUCUAAACCCCACAGAGGUUUAAAUAAAGGUUCAGUGAAAUACAUAUGCACGAAACCCACUUUUUGUUCAGUGGACAUUGGGUAUAGUCACUUCUUAAUUCCCACUGAUCCGUAUCAAAGUAGUGUAGUGGUGGUAUAAACGGUAUCAAGUAUGUGGUACAAUAGAGAAAGUAGCCUACACAAUCGUAAAGCACGUGUAAUAUAUUCACGUGCGCUGCACACAGCCAAGUUUCAGCUGAAUAUCAUGGCAGUAAGAGCCGCAGCUGGUUGUCCCAUGGAGCAGCUCACAGCUGGUAGGGUAGGUAGGACUUGCCUAGUUAAAUAAAGGUUAAAUGAAUCAAAUCAAGAAACAAUGGGUAAGCAAACCAGGUAUUGAAACAGUUUGGUCCAAAGUCUUGGUUGAAUCUUUGCAGUGCUCAAUUCAGUCAUUAUGUGCUGUUUUGAAUGAACAUUUCCAAAUGCUUUCCCAAGGAAAGCUGCCAUAUGUAACUUUGUGCAACCAAACAAGUUCACAUAGAAAUGUCACUGUCAUUAUUGAAAGCAAGUCUAAUAAGUGGUAGAUCUAUUCUAUGUGCAUUAUUUCUAUGCUUCCCAUUCUUAAGUUUAGUUUUUGCAUCUUUUAUUUUGUUUUGUACACCAGUUUCAGACGGCUGAAAAUACAAUCGUUUUGGUUAUGGAAAAUGUAUUGCAGAGGUUGAGAUUGUACAAAGACUAUACAAUUACU